GGCCGCCUGGGAAUUGUAGUCCUUGCUGCGCUCUGUCCCGCGUCAGGACUUUUUGCCCUCUGCUCCCGAGCCCCUCAGGCAGCCACCCCCGUGGGCACACGCCCAGGAGCUGUUCCUGCCCCGCGCUCCCUCCCUCCACCUUUCACUUCCCAGCCGCAAACAUCUCGGAAGCUUUGAAACUCAGCAAAGAAGGGAAAUCCACUGAGAACAGUCUGUUAAGCAUCCAGAAAUAUCCAGCUAUUACCUGCAGUCUGCCCAUCUCCUGGGAAACCCAAAAUUCUUCCAUUGGGUAUUCCAGGACUUCCUGCCUGCAGAGACCCUCAGUAGAAGCACUGCACGCCCUGCUGUGAACACUUCCUGGAGGUUCAGAGAGACCUCGACUGUGAGAAAAUGGCCCUCAGAUUCGGCCAACAUCUCAUCAAGCCCUCUGUGGUGUUUUUCAAAACAGAACUGUCCUUUGCCCUGGUGAACAGGAAACCUGUGGUCCCGGGACAUGUCCUGGUGUGUCCCCUUCGGCCAGUGGAGCGCUUCCGAGACCUGCGACCUGAUGAAGUGGCCGAUUUGUUUCAGGUGACCCAAAGAGUCGGGACAGUGGUGGAGAAGCACUUCCAGGGCACAUCCCUCACCUUUUCCAUGCAGGAUGGCCCUGAAGCUGGACAGACUGUGAAGCAUGUUCACAUCCACGUUCUUCCAAGGAAGGCUGGGGACUUUCACAGGAAUGACAGCAUCUAUGAUGAGCUCCAGAAACAUGACAGAGAGGAUGAGGACUCCCCCACCUUAUGGAGAUCAGAGGAGGACAUGGCAGCAGAAGCUGCAGCUCUGCGGGGCUACUUCCAGUGAUGCAGGCACGAAAGGAACUCAAACAAAUCCCAAGGCAUAAGGAAAUGGGCCUUUUGUCUCAGACCCCGCGGCAUUGGAAAUGAAGCUAAGGCUUUAUUACAUCCUACGAUUUGACAACCUUUCGCAAAGCAUUUUAUUACACUUGUGGAAGUCAUCGGGGUUAUGUUUCAAUCACGAUGACGGACAGGCAGCCUUCAAAACAAUGGCAGCCACAGCCCUUCCACACUUUCUUGGCUGUGUACUUAGAACCUUUGCUCAACUGUCCCUUGGCCUGGAUGGAAAUAAAAAUAAUAGUUGAAAUAUC